CAAUCAAAGGGAUUCACGCUCUCUUUCUCGGAGGAAGCCUGGGAGACGAUGGUGUUGCACAAGGGUGGUGCCGCCCAUCCCCUGGAAGUGGUGGAAACGGUGCUCGAGGUUGCCGACGUCGCCUGGGCAGCUCUGGAGCGCCGCCAUGAUAGCAAACUCUGUGCCACCGCGCAAGAAGAGCGCCUCCUCGUCGGGGAAGAAUUGGAGAGACAGAGAGCCGAGAACCACCGUCUGAGGGCAAUCCUCGAGGAGAACACCAGGGUCUUCGAAGCCCUUCAACGAUCUCUCUCCCUUUCCAAAGAUUGCCCCGAUGAUCUUUAUGAGCAGCUUCUGGCAACAUUGGAGACCUCAAACUUUCUGAAGCAGCUUGAUUUCCUUAAGAAAUCUUUAUCCACUUCAACAAAAAGUGAUAUUCUGUUUAAAGAAAUUGAUGGGGAAACUCUUAUCAGCGUCGAACUUGAGGAACCAAGUUGGUGGGUUUUAGUCACAGGUGAAGUGGCACCAAAUGCUGUGGAAGAGUUUAGCGGAAUUGAUGAUGAAAGCUAUCUAAUUGUCAAUGAGCAGCAUGUGGUUGAUGGAAUUGCCAAUUUUAUGGCAACAUGCAUUGUCUUGAACCCAAAGUCUCGGGCAUUGACCCCAGAAGAGCUACAUAAAGUUCUGUUGAAAGCGUUUGGCCACGCGAACCAUAAGGAUAAGAUAAAGAAGUUGUGGCAUGCUGGGAAGAUUUUGUAUACUUUAUCGACAUGGGGAAUUGCUUUGGCAGGAUUAUACAGGCAUCGUGUUCUCAUAAAAGCUGCUGCCAAGGGAGUUGGGGCAACUGGAAAGGUCAUGUUGAAAUGUUUGUGAUUCGCAUCUUCUCAUCUGCUGUAUUCGAAGAAUCAGCACUUGUCCGACUUCCAUGCAUUGUAAUUUGUUGAAGCAUUUAUUGUAUAUGCUUGUACAGGAAUGUUGGUGUCGUCGCUUUUCUUUGUGAAUUAUAAAAAUAACUGUAUUUGAUUCUUUA